UUGAUCGACCCUAGCUCCCUAUAUAGUACUGCGGAAUCUGCCAUAGCAGGAUAGAAGGAGGAGCAACAGUGAAGAGAUACGAGAAGGGAAGAGAGAUCAUCCGAUCUGAAGGGCGGAGAUGGCGUCGGAGAAGGUGGAGACGGUGGUGGCGGGGAACUACGUGGAGAUGGAGCGAGAAGGAGGCGACGGCGAGAGAGGAGGCGUCGGAGCCGGUGGCGGCGCCGGCGCGUCGUCGGGGGGCAGAAGCAAGCUGGUGUCGAACCUCUUCUGGCACGGCGGCUCCGCCUACGACGCCUGGUUCAGCUGCUCGUCCAACCAGGUGGCGCAGGUGCUGCUGACGCUGCCCUACUCCUUCUCGCAGCUGGGCAUGGUGAGCGGCAUCGCCUUCCAGCUCUUCUACGGCCUCAUGGGGAGCUGGACGGCGUACCUGAUCAGCGUGCUCUACGUGGAGUACCGGACGAGGAAGGAGCGGGAGAAGGUGGACUUCCGGAACCACGUCAUCCAGUGGUUCGAGGUCCUCCAUGGCCUCCUCGGCAGCCACUGGCGGAACGUCGGCCUCUUCUUCAACUGCACAUUCCUCCUCUUCGGAUCCGUCAUCCAGCUCAUCGCGUGCGCCAGCAACAUCUACUACAUCAACGACUCCCUGGAUAAGCGGACAUGGACCUACAUCUUCGGCGCCUGCUGCGCCACGACCGUCUUCAUCCCCUCCUUCCACAACUACCGGAUGUGGUCCUUCCUCGGCCUCCUCAUGACCACCUACACCGCCUGGUACCUCACCGUCGCAGCCAUCGUCCACGGCAAGGCGGAGGGGGUGACGCACUCGGCGCCAACCAAGAUGGUGCUCUACUUCACUGGGGCUACGAACAUACUCUACACCUUCGGAGGGCACGCUGUCACUGUUGAGAUCAUGCACGCCAUGUGGAAGCCGCAGAAGUUCAAGCUCAUCUACCUCAUGGCCACGCUCUACGUGCUCACCCUCACGCUGCCGUCCGCCUCUGCCGUGUACUGGGCCUUUGGCGACGCCCUCCUCGACCACUCCAACGCAUUCUCCCUCCUCCCGCGCACCCCUUUCCGUGACGCCGCUGUCGUCCUCAUGCUCAUCCACCAGUUCAUCACCUUCGGCUUCGCCUGCACGCCGCUCUACUUCGUCUGGGAGAAGGCCAUCGGCGUGCACUCGGACAAGACCACGGUGCUCCGCCGCGCGGCGGCGAGGCUCCCCGUGGUGGCGCCCAUCUGGUUCCUUGCCGUCGUCUUCCCCUUCUUCGGGCCUAUCAACUCCACCGUGGGUUCACUCCUCGUCAGCUUCACCGUCUACAUCAUCCCCGCGGCCGCCCACAUGGCCGUCUUCGCGUCGCCCGCGGCCAGGGAGGGCGCCGUGGAGCGGCCGCCGCGGUGGGUCGGAGGUUGGGCGGGCAUGUACGCCGUCAACUGCUUUGUGGCAGCGUGGGUGCUCGUCGUCGGAUUCGGCUUCGGCGGCUGGGCCAGCACCGUCAACUUUGUCCGCCAGGUCAACACCUUCGGACUCUUCACCAAGUGCUACCAGUGCCCUCCUAGGCACUAA